AUGUUUUCAGAGCAGUACGGACGAAAGGAUAACGAUAUGCACAAGAGAAGGAGUAAGUCAAAAGACGACGAAAAAGCGCUCAGAUUCGAUCAGCUCGAGGACAAGUUGAAAGCAGAGAUGAAAGACAUGAGUGUCAAGGACAAAGAGAAGGAAAAAGAUGGAAAAGCUGAAAUGAAAUACUCGUCCGCAGUUCAAAUUGAGGUGAGUGAGGAUUUUAAAUGCAUGCUGCCAACUCAACUUGUACCAAGUUACAUGCACCAUUGA